UGGACAAAUGCAACGAGUUUGUUGAUCAUCUUGGACAGAUGCGGACAAACAGUGACCAGCUGAGAGCGUCUGACCAGUGCUUCGCAGACGACGUCAUGCAAAUUGCGCUUGACAUCUGCUGACUUGGUUUGCUUCGUCCUUCUUAAGGUCUUGUCUCUUCAACAGCGUUCAGCUCUCGUCUCGACUCUGUCAAGUCUUGUUCGACUACAAGAAGCAGUGCAGUCCUUUGUAUACACACAAGCACACCUUGUCGACUACAUCAACACACGCACGCACAUACAGUCGCAUCUCCCUACUUGCGAAUCACUGAUCACUCAGCAUGUUCAUCUCAGCUGCAGUCUCGGGCUUGGCCGCCCUUGCCCUGCUGCCCUCGACCUCCGCUCGACCUGCUGCGUCUGCUGUACCAGAGCCGCUCAACAUUGUUGCACCCCCUACAUCAGAUGAGGGCAUCUCCAUCCCUCUCUUCAAGCGCAGCUACAAGCCCCUUACCAAAGAAGAUGGCACGAUCGACUGGUCUGCUACUCAGAGCCAUCUGUCUCGCAACUUUGUAAAGUACCAAAAGGGCAUUGUCGCCUACCAGAUCAACUCUGGUGACAGACUGCUCGACGCGCCUGCUCUCAGCAAGCGAGAGCUCGCCAAAAGAGCAGAGGAUCUCGAACGUCGCUCUGCUCAUCUCGCCGCACACGAGAUGCGACGUUCACUCGUGGACGACGAGUACCUGCCGACGAUCGAGGAAGCCUUCGCGCUCAAAGCCAAGCCUGGCUCUGCCAACCCCAAGGUCGCACACGCAAAGCAACGCGCGAAUGCUGCCGCUUCCACCGGCGAUGAGCUCUCUGCCACUUCGGUUCGCGCUGGUGGCAUUGCCCUGAAAGAUUAUAACAACGAUCUAUUGUGGGCUGGCCCAGUGACUAUCGGUACACCACCUCAGUCAUUCGUGAUCGAUUUCGAUACCGGCAGCGCCGACUUCUGGAUCCCCUCCAGCAACUGCACUACUUCUGCAUGCUCGUCGCACAACAAGUACGACGACGGUGCCUCGAGCACUUCCAGCCUCGUACCUGGCAAUCAGCUUAACGUACAAUAUGGUGACGGCUCGAGCACAACCGGCAGCGUCUUCACCGACACCGUCACUGUCGCAGGCCUGACAGUGGCCAAGCAGACCUUCGGCGCUGCUGCGACACUCUCCUCGGAAUGGUCCGACGAUCCUAUGGAUGGCAUUAUGGGCAUGGGCUUCCAGGCCAUCUCCACGCUCAACGUACCACCUUUCUUCUUCAACCUCGUCUCUGAAGGCAAGACGAAGAGCCCCCAGUUCUCCUUCAAGCUUGCUAGUGGCGGAGGCUCGGAGCUCUACCUCGGCGGUGCCAACUCUGCGCAUUACUCGGGCGCGAUCGAAUGGCACAGCGUACAGUCGCAAUCUUACUGGGUUCUCAACUCCAAUGUAUACAUCAACAAGACUCAAGCCGCAUCUGGCAUCUACGCCAUCAUCGAUUCAGGUACCACCGUCAUCGUAGCACCAACUGCCGAUGCUAGCUCCUUCUGGGCGCAAGUACCCGACUCCGGUGUCUACAACAACGGCUACUACACCUUCCCUUGCGAUUCGCCACCUACAGUCUCGUUCCAGUUUGACUCUGGCAAGAAGUGGAACAUCAAGGCUGACGAUCUCAAUCUUGGCGCGACAAGCCCAGGCUCUGGUCGAUGUGUCGGUGCCAUCGUCGGCCAAGACGUCGGCAUGAACGCAUGGAUCGUCGGCGAUACUUUCAUGAAGGGCGUCUAUACUACCUUUGAUGCUUCAGCUAAUCGUGUCGGCUUCUCAACUUUGACAUAAGCAUCGUUACAUCACACUCAAAAGGCAUCGACGCAUACAUCGCAAUCACACACUUGUGCUUAAUCUCGAACACGCUCACUG